AUGAUUGCGGCUAGAGGGGCUUCGUUACAAGACAACUCGAUAGAAAGAGACGGAUUUUCAGGAGACAAGUCACGAGAAAAAGGCGCUUAUUUGAAAGAAGGCUCACGAGAGAAGAGCAAGAGGGGAAGGGAGUUCAAUGGAAGCCGUUUGGGAGCGGAGGCAAGAGUGCGGCCAAGCUUUGGGGACCUAGAGGAAGGGGAAGAGGAGAUGGGGUGGGAUGGGGAGGAGAGGGAGGAGGGAGAGAGCAGGGGAGGGGGGUACGAGGGGUUUGAGGACCAAGGGAUGAGGGAGGAGAGGGUGGAGAGAGGUGAUGUGGGGGUUGGAAGGGAAAGAGAUGCGGUUGGGAGUGGUGGGGAUGGUAAUGGUGGUGGUGAGGAGGAGGAGGAGGAUGGGGAGAUGGGCGGUGGGGCAUGGGGGGAGAAAGAGGGGAUGGUGGGGGGAGAGGAGGGGGAGAUUGAGGAGGGGGAGUUUGAUGGAGGCGGGGGGAGGGAGCCUGGCGGGGCGAGUGACUCUAAGGAUCGUGAUGGUAAGGAGCGUGAGCAUGAUAGGAACGAGCGUGAUAGGGACGAGCGUGAUAGUAAGGAGCGUGAUAAUGCGGAGAGGGACUGGAUGGAUGAUUUAAACGAGUUGGAAGAGGAGCAAGAUGCGCAGGAGAGGGCUGGUGUGAUAGAAACGGGGGUUGGCAACGGGGAGGCGGAUGGAAGGGGAGGGAAUGGGGUAGAGUCGAAGGUGGAGGCGGGAAGGGGAGAAGGGGAGCGAGUGAGAGAGAGGGAGAGGGAGAGGGAGAGGGAGAGGGAGGAGGAUAAGGAGGAAGAGGGGGAGGAGGAGGAGAGGGUGGAUUGGGGGGAAGGAGAGAGCGAGGACGAGGAGGAGCAAGGCUUCUGGGACAAUGAGCGCGAGAGAGAAGGAGAAGAGGGGAGAGGAUCGAGAGGGGAUCUGAGGGAGAGAGAAGAAAGGGAGGCAGUAGAGGGAGGACGGAGAAAAGAGGUAGGGAGGAUAGGGGAGGAAGAGGAGGGUGAAAGGGGUGGUUUGCGAGGGGAAGGCAUGGGUGUGCGACGGGGGUCACGAGGAGAUUUGCAGCGAUUGGAACGGGAAGAGAAGGAGCAGCGUGAGGGGCAGGGGAGUGGAGGAAGGGAGGGAGGGAGGGAAAGGAAAGAAGUCCCCAGGGGGGACGGGGAGAAGGAGAGAGGAGAGAGGGAGAAGGUCAGGGAGAGGGAGCGGGAGAGGGAGAAGGAGAGGGAGAAGGAGACGGAGAGGGAGAAGGAGAAGGAGAGGGUAAGGCGGGGAGAGAAGGAGAGGGGGCAUGAGAGGGGUAGAGAAAAUGAGAGGAGGCGUGAAAAGGAAGGGGGAAGGGAGAGGGGGCAUGAGAAGGAAAGAGAAAGGGAGGAGAGAGAUGAUAAGGGGGAUGAGUCGAGGAGACGGGAUAGGGAAAGGAGGGAGAAGGAUGGAGGGAAAGGAGGGGAGAGGAAGGAGGAUAGAGAGAAAGGUCACGAGAAGGAAAGAGAGCGCGAAGAAGAAAGGUUGAAGGAGGAGAAGAAGGAGAAAGAGAAGGAGAAGGAGAGAGAGGUGCCGAAGGGGGAGGGCAAAGAUAGGAGGGAUAGGGAGAGAGAAGGAAGGGGUCGUAUUAGUGAUAAGGAGAAGGCGUCAAUGGUAGGAGGUGAGGAGGUAAGGCAGCAUGGGGAUGGGCGUGGGAAGGAGCGCGAGGGUAGGCACAAGGAUGGGCAGAAGGAUGGGCAGAAGGAUGGGCAGAAGGACGGACACAAGGAAACAGAUAGGCAUGGCCGUGACAAGGCAGGAGGUCGGAAGAGGGAGAGAGAGGAUGAUGGAGAGGAAGAGAGGGAGAAAGGGAGGCAUAAGGAUGGGCAUAGGGAUAGUGGGCGGGAUGGGCGUGAGGGGAAGAGAGAGGAGGAGAAGGGACGGAGGAGGAAGGAGGAGAAGGAUAGGGAUAGGGGAGAUCAAGGAAAGAGGGAAGAGAAAGAGGAGGAGAGGAGGGUGAAAGAGGAUCGAGGAAAGGAAGAGAAAGGGAGGGAAGAAGGGGCACGAGAUGAGAGGGGGAGGAGGGGGAUGAGUAGGGAUGAGAGAGGAGGGGAAGAGAGAGGGAGGGAGGCGAAGAGGAGGGAGGGGAGAGUGAGAAGGGAUGGUUCAGAGGAGGAUUACGGUGGGCCAGCGGGGGUGGAAGGGAGGGGGCAGAGGGAGGGGAGUGGGGAGGGCAGGAGAGGAAGUGGCGACGGGAGAGGCAGUGGGAUGGGAAUACCAUCAUUCCGAAAGGGAGGAGAGCAGGAGAGGCGAGGAGAGGAGAGGCGAGAGGAGGAGAAGAAAGGGGAGGGCACUAGAGAGGAGGACGAGAGGAGAGACGAGGAAGCGGAGAGGAGAAGAGGAGGGGCGGGUGGGAGAGGUAGAAGCUUUUUGAGGGAGCAGGGAGAGGAAGCGAGGCCAGGUGAAGGGUGGGAAGAGGGGAGGGUUGAUGAGGGGAGGAGCAGUGAGGGGUGGAAGGGUGAUGGAGCAAGGAGGCCUGGGGAGGAGUGGAAAGGGGAUGAGGGCCGGAGGUCUGGGGAGGAGUGGCAGCAAGGGGAAGGAAUGAGGAGAGCUGGGGAUGGUGGUAUGAUGGGGAGAGGGCGAGGCAGGGACUGGGGUGUGGGGAGGGGCGGGAUGGGGAGGGGAAUGGGGCGGGGGGGGAUGGAUGGGGAAAUGGGAAGGGGAAUGGGGAGGGGGGGUAUGAACGACAUGGGGAGGGGAAUGGGGAGAGGCAUGGGUAGGGAUGGGGGUAUGGGUAGAGGGGCGAUGGGUAUGGGUGGGGACAUGGGGAGAGGCAUGGGUAGGGGCAUGGGGAGAGGUAUGGGAAGAGGCAUGGGGUAUGAUGGGGGGAAGGACGGGGGGGAUGCGAGGGGUAAGGAAGAGAAGCCAGGAGCAGGGACAGGAGCAGGGACAGCAGCAGUUGCAGGAGCAGGGUUGUUGAGCAAGGGGAAUAGAAGUGCGGUUGAGGAGGAGUUGGAGGCUAGGAAGAGAGAGAGGAUGAGGUUGAUUGCUGAGCUGGCGAGAAGAGAGAGGGAGGCGGGGGAGGGAGGGACGGAGUGGGAGGAGGGGGAAGAGGAGGAUGGGGAGGGGGAGGGGGGAAAGAAGAGAGGGCGGAGGGAGGGAGGGGAAGGAGGGGAGGAGGGGGAGGAAGGGGGGGAAAGGAAGAGGGUGAGGGGAAGUGUGAAGAGGAGCAGAUGGGGAGAUGGAGAGGCGGGGGAGAUAGAGGAGGGGAUAGAAGGGAAGGGCGUGGGGGAUGAAGGGAGAAGGGGGAGAGAUGAGGGGGAAGAGGAGGAGAUGAGUGGUGGAGAGAAAGAGGAGGGGUGGAGGGAGGAAGGUGAGAUGGGGGAUAUGGCAGCAGGGCAUGAGGAGGAGGAAGGGAGGAAGGAGGAGGAGGGAAGGGCGCGAACAGAGGGAGUGGGAGGGUCGAAAUGGGGUAGUCGAUGGUUGGAUGAAGAGGAAGAGGAGCGAGCAGCAGCGGGAGCAGAUGAGGUGGGUAGAGCGAGGGUUAAUACCCCGGAUGAGGAGGGUAGAAUGAGGGAUAGUACCCCGGAUGAGGGUAGAACGGGGGAUAAUACCCCUGAUGAUAGGGGUGGAAGGAGAGACAGGGGGGUUGAUACUAAUAUGGAGGAGGGGGAGGGGGAGGGAGAUGUGGAGGGGAGGAGGAAGGAAAAGGGAGAAGGGAAGGAGCAGGAGGGAGGUAGGAGCAAGAGGAGGGGGAGGGAGGGUGGUGAUAGUGAAUUGGGUGGCAGUAGGGGGGGUGAGAGUAUGAAGGAAGGGGAAGCUGGGGAAGGUAUGGAAGGGAAGGCAGAGAGGGAUGCUGAGGGUGAGGGUGAGGACGAGGGUGAGGGUGAUGCGGAUAGAGAAGGGGACAAGGAAGAAGCUGAUAAUGGAAGGAGAGACGGCAAGGACAGAGAAAGCACCAAGUCCCCUCUACCCCAUGACCCAUCGCCUGUGGAUUCCUUUGAACGGCUCGACGUGCUCGGGGAAGGGGUGUACGGUGUGGUCCAUCGCGCCCGGGACAAAGAAACCGGGAAGAUCUACGCUCUGAAACGGGUCAAGAUGGAGAAAGAGCGAGAGGGUUUCCCUCUGACCUCCCUCCGGGAGAUUAAUAUACUAUUGUCUCUAGACCACCCGGCAAUCGUGGGAGUGAAGGAGAUGGUGGUUAAUUCGUCCAUGGAUCGGGUUUUUAUGGUAAUGGAAUAUGUAGAGCAUGAUUUGAAGGUUCUUUUAGAUGCGAUGCCGAGGCCGUUCGGGCAGGCGGAGGUGAAGUGCUUAGUGAAGCAGCUGUUAGAGGGGAUAAGCUACAUGCACGCGAAUUGGGUGCUGCAUCGGGAUUUGAAGACUUCGAAUCUGCUGAUGAACAACGCGGGGGGGAUCAAGAUAUGCGACUUUGGCCUGGCAAGGCAGUAUGGGGAUCCGCUGCGGCCGUAUACACAGCCUGUGGUUACCCUAUGGUACAGAGCGCCCGAGCUGCUGCUGGGCCAGAAGGAGUAUUCCACAGCCAUAGACGUGUGGUCCAUGGGAUGCAUCAUGGCUGAAAUAAUGACCAAGAAACCGCUCUUCAAAGGGGAGUCCGAAAUUGAGCAACUGCAAAAGAUUUUCUCUCUCCUCGGAACCCCCACCGACGACACCUGGCGAGGGUUUUCCGAGCUGCCCGCGUGCAAAAAGGGAGCCCGGUUUCCGUCCUUCACGGUGAAUCGGUUAAGGGAGCUUUUCCCAGCGAUUUCGAUUGGUGGAAAGCCGACGCUGUCAGAGGCGGGGUUUGAUCUGCUGUCGCGGAUGCUCGCAUGCGAUCCUGGCCGUCGGAUCAGUGCGGCUGAUGCGGCGAAUCACGCGUGGUUUAGGGAGGAGCCUCUGCCGAAGGCGCAGCAGGACAUGCCGCAGUUUCCGAUCUUGAACGAGAAAGAACGCCGGCGUCGACGGUCUUUCCGUAGCCCUGACCCUCUGAAGGAGUUGCAGCGGCAGGAGAAGAUGCGGGAAAAGGCGGGGCACACUGGCCUGUUUUCAUGA